AUGGGGUUGGACGAUAAGGGUCUACACCCCUCCCUAGCAAUAUUUACAAAUCCAUCGCAAUAUCCAACGGCAAUAACAGGUCAAAUAAGGUUUAAUAGUAUCUCACAAAACAAGACGAACGUUAGUGGUAAAUUGGAUUCGGGAAUAUUUGAUCCAGAAGCAGCAUAUUACCAUUUUAAAAUUAUAGACAGGUCAAAAAAUUUAUUAUAUGAUUUAACUGCUGAUGGUUUGACGGAAUGGAGCGUCGAGGUACCCGGAACAACUUCAUUCAAACAUGAUUUUGAUAAAUUACCAAUUGAUAAAAUUGUUGAGCAAUUUUUAGAAGUCAGUCAUAGUAAAAAGGGUACUAUUGGGAUGACUAUGAUUAAACCUAUUUAA